AUGAUGAGUGGGUCUCGGGGGCUGUUGCUGUUGAGGGGUAGGUUUGGGGGCCUGCUGCUGCUGGGGAGAUGGUUUGGGGGUCUGCUGCUGAGGGCCAGGUUUGGGGGUCUGCUGCAGCUGCUGAGGGCCAGGUUUGGGGGUCUGCUGCAGCUGCUGAGGGCCAGGUUUGGGGGUCUGCUGCAGCUGCUGAGGGCCAGGUUUGGGGGUCUGCUGCAGCUGCUGAGGGCCAGGUUUGGGGGCCUGCUGCUGCUGAGGAGAUGGUUUGGGGGAGAUGGUUUGGGGGCCUGCUGCUGCUGA